CAAAGACAUGUCAGACCACUGCAGUUCAGCAAAAUGGCAGCUGUACUCACAGUGCUGGUGCUAUUCUUAACUGGUUUUCUUGCUGCAUUUAUAUUGUUGGUCAUAGGGGCAAUUAAUUUUGAUUUUUCCAACUCAGAAAUUCCUCCUGGAGUGAAUCAGCCUGCAAAGCUCCGAAUCAUUCAUAUAAUUGUAAUAUUCACUGCUGUGGUGGGAAAGAUUUUGCAAAACCUUGGCAUCUGCACUCAGGUGAGCUUUGUGCGGUACAUGCAAGGAAGAAAGACUCCGGGGGCGGACCCAAAGCUCUUCAUCAGAGAUCUGUGGUUUGAGAACGUGCCUGUAAGGAUUUACCAGCCUAAGGCUCCAUCUGCCAGCCAAAGGAGAGCAGUUAUGUUUUUUCAUGGAGGAGGAUGGGUAUUUGGAAGCAUUGAGACCCACGAAGAGCUGUGCCGCUUUAUUGCCAGAGAAAGUGAAUCUGUGGUUGUAUCUGUGGGGUACCGUCUGGCCCCCGAGCACAAAUACCCCGCUGCGUACGAAGACUGUCUGAGCGCCACCCAGCAUUUCCUGCAGCACCUGGAGCGCUUCGGCGUGGAUCCCGCCCGCGUCGCUGUCUGCGGGGACAGCGCUGGGGGCAACCUGGCAGCUGCUGUCAGCCAGAGCCUGGCAGGCAGCUCAGACCUGCCCAGACUCCGUGCUCAGAUCCUCAUCUACCCAGGCCUGCAGGCACUGGACUUCAAUUUACCAUCCUACCAACAAAAUCGGGGAGUCCCUCUGCUAUUCCGGGAACGUGCCGCUUUCUAUAUGUUGCAGUACCUAAAUGGAAAUGCAAUAAAACUGGAAGAGGUCUUGGAAGGUUCCCAUAUUCCUAUAGAUAUUAAAUUAAAGUAUAAAAAGUGGGUGAGUCCAGACAACAUCCCUGAGGAAUUUAAGGUCAGAGGCUACAAACCACGUGUGCUCCUUGACUGCACAACUGAAGUUUUUGAGACAGUGAAGAGAUUCUGUGAGCCCAACCUGUGCCCACUGCUGGCUGAAGACACAAUUAUCCAGCAGCUGCCAGAAUCCUUCAUCCUGACCUGCGAGUACGACGUGCUGCGGGACGAUGGCUUGUUGUACAAGAAGAGGCUGGAGGACAAUGGGGUUCCAGUGACCUGGUACCACCUUGAAGAUGGAUUCCAUGGAAUCAUAAACUCAUUUAAUAGUGGCUGGUUGUCAUUUCCAGCUGGGAAAAGGGGCCUUGACAAUAUUGUGAAUUUUCUAAGAGGCUUAUAGCAACAUUUUUCCUUUUUUUCUGUAAGAACUGCCAAAUUUCGUGGUCUUUCAUGCUUCUAAAUUCCAUAUAAGAAGUUCAUAUAGGACAAUUUGUUAAUAAGAAUUUAUGCCAGUAUGAUCACUAUAAAAGACAUUUCAAGAAUAGUUUCUUUUAUUGCUGUCUGAAGUAGUCCAUGUGCAGUCUGCCUAUUUUAAUCAUCUGUUUGGAUAACCCUUGUCCAGUACAAGUGCUGCUCUCUUACAUAUAUGCAAAAGAUGCAGUAAAAUUUUAAGAUAA